AUGGCAUCAACAAUUGAAUCAAAUAAAGUUUUAUGUAUUAUAUGUAAUAAAAGCAAAGGAAUUUUCAAAUGUGAAGGAUGUUCAAGAAUUUUUUGUCCGAAACAUUCAAUUGAUCAUAGAAAUGAACUUGGUAAACAAUUAGAACAAAUCGAAGUAACACAUGAUCUUGUUCAACAAAUACUUAUUCAACAGACAGAAGGCUCUAAGCAACAUCUUCUACUAAAAACAAUUGAUCAAUGGGAACAAGAAUCUAUUGUUAAAAUUCGUCAAGCAGCUGAAGAAGCCAGAAAUGAAUUGCUCAAAUAUACUGCUCACCACACAAAUCAAGUGAAAAAAAAUUUGCAAUUGAUAUUUAACGAUAUAAAGGAAGGUCGAGAGAAUAAUGAUUUUAGUGAAAGUGAGUUACAACAAUGGACUCAAAAAUUAGAAGAACUAAAAAUAGAACUUCAUAAUCCAAUCAAUGUUUCUAUUCAACAAGAUUCUAUACCACUUGUUACCAAGAUUCGCAUCGACUAUCAAGAUACAUCAAUGAAUCCACAGUUGAAUAGGCCAAUAUCUGAUGUAUUCGAACGUGUUUGUGGUAAUACUCAAAUUGAAGAAAAUGGUUGUCUUAUUCUCAAAGAUGAUUCAGCUGGUCACACAGAAAUACGUGGAAAAAAUCAAUACAAUAUUGGAAAACAUAAAUUUUAUUUUCGAAUCGACCAAUUAACUUCAAGUGGAUGGAUCUUUUUUGGAAUUAUCUCCAAAUCAGAACCUAUGCAAUAUGAUUCAUUUUAUUCGCCAUCAAGUUAUGGCUGGUCAAGCAAAAAUCAAAUCUAUAUCGGUGGUGAUGAUGAAGAAUACGACGAAAAUACCGAAAUUUUCGAAAAUGAUACUAUUAUCCUAUUGAUUGAUUGUGAUCAAAAAAAGAUUCUACUACAAAAUAAUCGGUUGAAUCGUACAAGAGAGCUAUUGGUUGAUAUCAAAAAAUGUCCAUUUCCAUGGCAACUACAUCUCAAUCUUCAUGCACCUAAUACUCAUGUACGAAUUCUAAAUUCUUCGAAUUAA